AUGGAUUGUUUUAAAAAGUCUUCUUUUUUUCCUUUGCCAUUUCUUUUGUUGUGUUUCUCUACAAUUUUAUCUUUCAACAAUGGCAUUAAUGCUUCACACGAAAUUUUUCCAGAAUUGCAAUCUACCAACACUGUUGAUGUGAAGAAUGCCCAUAGAACUGGUUAUCAUUUUCAACCACCUAAAAACUGGAUCAAUGAUCCCAAUGGACCAAUGUACUAUAAUGGUGUCUAUCAUCUAUUCUACCAAUACAACCCAUAUGGGUCAGUAUGGGGAAAUAUUGUUUGGGCCCAUUCAGUCUCAACAGACUUGAUUAAUUGGAUCCCUUUAGAACCCGCAAUCUACCAAUCUGAAGUAUUCGACAAGUAUGGUACAUGGUCCGGGUCAGCCACAAUCUUGCCGGGAAACAAGCCCAUUAUCCUCUACACCGGAAUUGUAGAUGCCAACAAGACCCAAGUCCAAAACUAUGCAAUCCCAGCUGACUUAUCCGAUCCAUUCCUCCGUAAAUGGAUCAAGCCCGAUGAUAAUCCAUUGAUUGUCGCUGACAUUACCAUCAACAAAACCCAAUUUCGUGACCCAACCACGGGUUGGUUGGGUCAGGAUGGUUAUUGGAGAACCUUGAUAGGGAGUGUGUGGGGAAAUAAAGGAUUGACAAUCUUGUACAAAAGUAGAGAUUUCAUGAAAUGGACCAAGGUCCAACAUCCACUUCAUUCAGUUGAGGGUACUGGAAAUUGGGAAUGCCCUGAUUUUUUUCCAGUGUUAUUGCAAGGUACAAAUGGAUUGGAUGCCUCAUACAACGGGAAACAUAUUAAACAUGUUCUUAAAGUUAGCCUUGAUAUUACGAGGUUUGAGUACUAUACAGUUGGUAAAUAUGAUAAAAAAAAAGAUAGGUAUAUUCCGGAUAACACUUCUAUAGAUGGAUGGAAGGGAUUGAGACUUGACUAUGGUAAUUAUUACGCAUCUAAAUCAUUCUAUGACCCUAGCAAGAAUAGAAGAAUUAUGUGGGGUUGGUCUAACGAAUCAGAUACUGUCAAUGAUGACGUCAAAAAAGGAUGGGCCGGAAUUCAAACUAUUCCCCGCAAACUAUGGCUUGAUCCUAGCGGAAAGCAAUUGGUCCAAUGGCCUGUCGAAGAAUUAAAUAGGCUAAGAGAGAAAAAAGUCCAAUUAAGCAAUCGCAAGUUAAAAAAAGGUGAUAAAAUUGAAGUUAAAGGGAUCACACCUGCACAGGCUGAUGUUGAAGUGACUUUCUCAUUUUCAAGCCUUGAUAAGGCAGAGCCAUUUGAUCCCAAUUGGGCUGACCUUUACGCUCAAGAUGUAUGCGCCAUUAAGGCAUCAACAGUGCAAGGCGGACUUGGGCCAUUUGGGCUUCUAACUUUGGCUUCUAAAAAUUUGGAAGAAUAUACGCCUGUAUUUUUCAGAGUUUUUAAGGCCCAAAAUAAGUAUAAGAUUCUUAUGUGCUCUGAUGCCUCAAGAUCAACCCUUGAGAAUGAUAAGACAAUGUACAAGCCAUCGUUUGCGGGAUAUGUGGAUGUAGAUUUAGCAGAUAAGAAAUUGUCUCUAAGAAGUUUGAUUGACCACUCAGUAGUGGAAAGCUUUGGUGCCGGAGGAAAAACAUGUAUUAUAUCAAGGGUUUAUCCAACGUUAGCAAUUUAUGAUAAUGCACAUAUAUUUGUAUUUAAUAAUGGGACAGAAACUAUCAAAAUUGAGUCAUUGAAUGCAUGGAGCAUGAGUAAACCUAAGAUGAACUGGUCAUUAGAUCACUCAUCUUAUUGA